AUGGCAUCCUUAAGAGUUUCAAAAGCUGUGCCGGGCCUCUUCCGAGCUGCAAGACCUACAGUCGUACGAUCUCAAUUGUCCCGUCAAAUUGCCCGCAGAACAUACGCAAGUGGAGGACAUGGACCUGCUAAGUCUAGCGGAGAUGUUGUUUGUUGUACCAAUUACCAACACUACGUCAUUAGGGCUGCUACGUCCAUCGCAGUAACGGUUCCAACCCUCUGGUAUCUUCUUAAAAAUGGACCGGAUACAUCCCAUGGCCAUGAUGAUCACGGCGAUGCCCACGGCACGAAGCACGAAGAAGAGGAUAGUGAGGAAAAGUCCGAGGAAAAGUCAGAUGAAGGCGAAGACAAGGCCGACGAUAAGGAGAGCGAGAAGUCUGAAGAAUCAGAGAGUGAUAGCGAGGAUAAGGGUGCGGAUACUCCCGAUACUUCAGAUGAUGAAGGAGAGGGUGAGGCCGAGGACACUUCAGAUGACAACACCCGCAAGAGUAUCCCCGACGCUAAAGGAGGCUCGAAAGCGAAACUCCAGAGUAACAAGAGUAUCAAGCAGGGAGAAAGAGAUCCCCAGGACGAGGGCGCUACUUCCGGGUCUGCCGGUAGCCAAAACACCCAGAGUGGCAAGCAAGAAGGACUCAGCAAUACUGAUACAAAACACUCCACCGAUAUCACAAACGACUCUGAUAAGAGUAGCAAAGGGGAGGGUGUCCCAGAGACCGCAAAGACGAAGGGCGCAGUCGACCCAAACCGACCACAGGUAUAG